AUGUCUUUUUUCCAACCGAUACAAUCGAAACCCCGCCUUCAGUCGGGCCAGCCCCGUCGAUCUGAGGUGAAUUGCUCCACCUAUUGCGCAUGCUUAUCUACGUCUUCACGACCUCCUAACGCUCCUCUGAUUAUCACUUUGCAUGGUGGACGAGGGUUUGGCGACCAUACUUCUGAUUUCCAAGCCUACUCUCCUCUAUCGGAUCAGUAUCGCGUUUUGUCCUUUGACUUUCGAGGUCAUGGUCGCAGCUCCCGAACCAAGCCAUAUACCUUUGCGCAAAUCGUGGAGGAUAUCGAAGGCAUUUUGCAGGCCCAACAGUACCCUGUAUUAUCUGUGGCGGCAGUUUCGGAGGGUUUUUGGCGCAGCGACGAAGAGCAAGCCAUCAAAGUACUCGAACAAAGACUCCACAAGGCGCCCGGGUUGUCCGUCGAGAUGCUGCGGAACAAGAUCUUCGGUCGGUUUGACAGCGACCUGGAAUUUCGUCUUGUGAUGCAUGCUGCCGCACCGCUGUACAGUGAGAAGUUCGAUGCCAACAUUGCACUGCAGAAGAACUUGGACACGGUCUUCUUUGCCGAGUCCAUAGUCAGCAACGACCUAUAUGCCGAGCCAGAAAAAUUCUUUGACUAUCGCGACGACCUUCCCAAGAUCACGGCGAAGACAUUGGUCAUAGUUGGGGAGAAGGAUUGGAUCUGUCCACCAGUGCAGUCGGAAUUCAUUGCCUCGCGGAUUCCCCGGGCACGCUUGGAGGUCGUCAGCAAUGCGAACCACAGUGUUCAUUUGGAACAGAAUGCAUUGGUCAUUGAAAUGAUCCGAGAGCAUUUGAAGUCAUAA